AAUUUGCCUUCGACUGCAGACGCCAGCGACACCCGGAGCUUAGCUUCCACCCCAAACCUUACAACCCCCCAACGCCGCAUGGACCACUCUGCCCGACAUGAACAUUACCUCGCUUUGCCACGAUCUCGCCGCCCAUGAGCACGACGCCUCGAUCGAGCGCCUCAAGACGGCGCACGAACACGAUAUGAAACAAGUCAAGGUGCACUCGAGCGCCAUGAACGUUGCCUUCCACGGCAGCGGCCCCUUUACCAUCUACACGAUGAUCGUCACGUGCCCCGGCACCAAGACAUGGUGGGUCCUCAAGAAGCGCUACUCGCAGUUCUUCUCGGUCCGCAAGCAGCUACUCCGCCACUUGAAGGCGUGCAACAACAGCCGCUUCGCCGCCCUCGCCGACAUUCUCGCGCCCGCGCUCGAGAUGGACUUUCCCAAGAAGCACAUGCUCGUUAGCAUCGACAACAAGGCCGUCAUCAAGGAGCGCAAGACGCAGUUCCAGCGCUUCACGGCUGCUCUCAUCGCUCUCCGCGCCUCGUGCAUCCUCGCGUCGCUCGACGCUGACCGCACGGACGCGCAACUCGCCAAGCUGGACGCAGUCUUUGACCUGCUCCAGGAGUUUCUCGAAAUCCCGUCGACGCACGACCCGCUCGCGGGCUCGUCGCCGACCUCGGACCGCUGCAGCGAGACGUCCAACGACUCGAGCUGCGACUCGUGCUCGAUCUGCCUCAACGACUUCCAGGCAUCCGGUGCGACGUACCACUACCAAACCCCCAAGCACAACGCGGCGCCGGCCAAGAAGGUCCGGUUCGCCCUCGACGACGACGACGACGACGCUAAAGCCGCCGACGAAGAAGAAACGGUGCUCAAGCUUCCUUGCAACCACUACUUUCACGAAGAGUGCGUCAUGUACUGGAUCGAACAAAAGAACUCGUGCCCGCUCUGCCGCGCCGACGCCUUUGAAGGUGUCAUGGUCUAAGCAAUAUAUAAAUGAACGUG